AUGAGCGACUAUGUUGAUGAGAUGGGCGAGGAUUCAGCAGAGGUUUCCGACAUGCACUAUGCUAAAGGAGUAAUGACAAUCGUUUACAUUGUGGUCUUUCUUACCGGAACACCUGGAAACCUCUGGAUUAUUUUUAAACUAAUACAAACCAAGCUUCUUAGCACUGCUUCGACAGGUCUGAGUACUUCGCAACGGUGUCGGAUCUACGUCUUCGCUUUGGCUUGUUCCGAUCUCGCACUUUUGCUCACGCUUCCACUCACUGCCAGUUACAACUAUAAAGGAACUUGGAUUUUCGGCGAAUUUAUGUGUUAUACUCAUCUAACAAUCGAAAUUGUUGCCAAGUUAUUUUCGGUGGUUCUACUAACGGUGAUGAGCCUCGAGCGUUACUUCAUCGUUUGUACAAGACUGCGAUCUGCUUGUGAUUCAUGGAUGACAAGCGUGCCGUUGGUCGUCGGCACUUUGCUCUGCGUAGUUGUACCGUCUACAUUCCACUUUUUCUUUAUCAUUCAUCAUCAGUUUACGAUACCUGGGAUGGAACAUAUUACGGUAUGCAUUCCGAAUAUGGACGACCAUGUUUUCAACAUGUAUGCACAGUACACGUUCGUCGUCGGCUUCGUGGUCCCGUUUUUCUUGAUGACCGUCUGCUAUAUUCUCCUUGUUCGUCACGUUAGAGCUAAAUUCAAGAGCAGAAAAGCAGUGAGUUCACCAAAAGUUUUCCGGGAGCCACGGUACAUCAACGAGAUGCGGAAGUCGAUUUGGCGAAUCGCCAUCUUCCACUUUGUCUGUUGGGCACCGUUUUGGGCGUUCGCCAUUGUUCCGCAUUAUAUUUCCCAAUUCUGGGGGCAUGCUUUCCUCGGAAAACUUCCUGGAUGGUAUAUCUACUGUCGUUUAUUCGCCAAUUGUCUACCGUAUAUAAAUGCUGCUGGGAACUGGGUACUGUACGCAGUGUUAAAUAACGAUGUUCGAAAGCAUAUCUACAACAGACCACAUCAACGAUUUCAUUUGCUGUCACCUUCUACCAUUUAG